GGACCCUUUUCGGUGCAAUGUGCAUCCAAACGACUCGCUGACCAUGCAAACGGCCCACGAUGUCUUUUGCAAUUUCUCAGGCACUCACUUGACUCUAUGUUGGAUGAGCAGCUUGAUUUGCUUGCUUCCAGUCAGUUUCCUUGUUAUGUGCACGUAUCUUCUGUGGGUGAUUCUUCCAAGACGGGUUCGAGUCGCCAACGCAGCCUUUAUCCGGGCCUGCUCGUUCUUGGUCUUGAGAUUCAAACCAGGAUAUGAGUCAUUCACAUUGGCUUUCUUGCUCAGAAAUGUGCUCUUUGUGUUGACGCCUAUGAUGCAUUCAUCAAUCAGUCUGUUCGUGAUGGGAAAUCUCUUGGCCCUGACGGCUGUGUCAGUUGCAUACUUUAAACCAUGGCGAUCGGACCUUGCGAGUGUGGUCGAUGUACUCGUCAGCUCCGCCUUGCUGAGUGUUUUGCUCAUGGGUGCACUUACUGUGAAUGAUUCAGACCCGAAGCCUCUCAUGGUCCUAUGCACUGUGUGUGGUAGCUUGAUCAUUUGUGCACUUAUCAUGGGAGCGUUGUACUCGAUACUUCAGCACAUUGCUUCCAAGUUUCGCAAGAAGUUCGCCUUCUUUCUCUCUCAUCAUAGAACUGCUUCCGCUGCAUAUGCGCGGUUGUUGAGAAUGGAGCUGCGACAACGAGGCUCACAGUUCACGGCCUUCCUUGACUCUGACCACCUGACGGAUCUCACGCGGCUGUUUUCCUAUGUCAGUUCUGAUACGCAGACCUUUGUUCUCCUUGGAACGCCGUCAGUGCUAAAGCGCAAGUGGUGCAUGGGAGAACUGGUGAUGGCUCGUAUUGCAAAUGUUGACACGGUGGUGUUAAGCUUUCCAGACUUUGAUCUACCGGAUGAGUCCUUCGUUCGGAACUAUGCCAGACUUGUGCCUGAGAUUAAGGAGCUUUCCAUGUAUGGUCUUGGGCUUUCAGAAGUGCACGACACCUUGCGGUGGUUGAGUACGGUGACCAACUACCCAAUUGCUUCUCAGUUCUCUAAGGAGGGUGUAGUAGCUACCGUUGGCCAGUUGACAAACACGGUCACACAGGAAUUUCAGCAAGGCCAUACAACGGAGUAUGCCAUUCUGGCAGACCCUGGAAACAUGGAAGCAAUGGCCACCGCUGAAGUGAUGGGAACAUUCUUGACACGAUUGAUUCCAGAGCGAGGUCAGGCGACGCGUGUGUUCACUGCUGACAGCAAUGUUUCCAGGACGGACACUCGUCUCAUUCUGGUGUGCAGUCAGGAUUGCUUCCGAUCGAACCACAUAGCGAGAUGGUUGUUGCAAGCCCGUGUUGUGCCAAGUUGUCAGCUUUUGCCAGUGCUUGCCGAUGAACGUUUUCAACUUCCAAGACGACAUGGAGGGAGUCUGCAAGAGAAUGUUGUUUGUCCGGCUGGUAUUGAUGAGGGUGCCUAUUUGCAAGUGAUCAAAGCUGUCUUCUUGGAGGUGGCACUACCCUUCAUCCCAGCCCAAAGCUCGGAGGUGGAUUUGUGCAUUCGCAGCAGGCAGGUGGCUUCGCGACUCUAUGGGGAUCUGAAGCCUUUGUCCACCAAGUUGCUGAUCGUUGGGGGCGCACCUGAGCCUGAGGCUACGCAGCCUGAGGCAAUCUCUGGCACAGACAGUUCCAAUGCCAGCCUUCAUCUCCUGACUCGCCAGUCGCAGCAUGUAUCUGAAGAUGUUGAAGCAGCUUUGAGAUCAGAGAUGGUGACGAAAUCAUUUUGAUUCUUCGAAUUUGACUUUACUUUGCAUGCUCUUGCCAAACUCUAGACACUGGGAAAAUUGUUAAGUUCAGUGGUCAAAAGCCUUCCAUUGUAGCAAGGUAAGACACCACAGUAUCAAUGGUUCGCCACAAGGCUGCCUAUCGUAUACCUGCGGGCUGAC